CUUUUCUAUCUCCCCUACCCUUCUAAAUCAGAUGGAUCGAUCGAUGCACAUCUACGCAUCUCAUCUUCUCUGCGCGAAUCUCCUUUUCUCUGCAUCUCAUCUUCUCCACAAUCUUCUCUGCAUCUUGUCUUCUCCGCAUCAUCAUAUCUCUUCCUCUCCGUGCAGCUCUAUCGACUUCACUGGAAGCCGCCACUAUCUCCAUCGCAUGCCACUGAUAUCUCCACUGCACUCCUCUUCUCCCCUGCAGAUCUAGCCAUCGUCCAUGUCGAUUUACGGUGCUGGACUUGUGACAGCGACGGAGGUGCUCAGAGGUGUAGUGGUGGCGCCGGAUUUAACACUUGCAACAACGAUGAAGUUGUGACGGCGGCGGAGGAUGGCAACACCGGUGGGCGGCAAUGAUGUACCUUCAGGGAUGCGGCGGCAGGCGGCGCCGGUGACUGACGGCGCCAGCAGUAGGCGGCGCUGCGGGAGGGCGGCAACGGCGAAUGAUGAUGGUUGUGGACAGCGAUGCUGGUUUGGGAGGCUGCAUCUCGAACUUGUCUUAGUAUCUGGUGAACACGGUUACUCAGAUUUUGAAAUGUGUUGCCUUAUUUAUAAUAAGGGACCCAAGAUUCAUUACAAAAUUUGCCGUAAAAAACUUCAAUUUGAGGUGGCCAUACACAAUCAGCUGGAUUUCUAGACGACACCUUCGUCACGUUGUCUGCACAGACAGUGGCGGAACCAGAACUCUUUUUGAGGGGGUGCUGAGAACCAUCCUCCGAUGAAGCAUCAAAACCCCUCAAAAACCCCUAUGUUUUUACUUGGAUACUUUUUCAAUCCAGAUACGACUCGAUCAGGUUAGACUAGACAAAACCAGACCAAAAAAUUUCAAUACAAUUAAAAAACGUCUUUACUACUCGAAACGGACAUGAUCUCUACACAAAGAAUCAAAAUCACAAAUACAUUCACAUAAACCUUGAUCAGCAACCAUCUUAUCGAUCAGAAUUGAAUUAACAAGAGACAAUUUCGACCUUUUUUGUAGAGGCUUUGAAGAGUACUCUUCACUUGUUAUUAGAAAUUAAAAGUUUUAACAUAAUUAACCUAUUAAAUUAUACAACAAAUGCAUAUAAUAAUAAGCUAUGGUUUAUAUUUUAUCAAUAAAUUCGCUAUUAAAUUAAUAAGACUAUUUCCUUAACAAAUAACACUAAAAGAAAUAAAGAAUGAAUUCAGAGGUCCACUACACUGUCUAAUAAAAUAAAUGAACAAAGGCCGCACACUUCAACAACACAUUACAAUAAUACAAUUCACACAUCCAAAUAUUAAAAUAUACAGAGUAUUAAAUAAAAGAAGAAAAGAUAAGGUUGAUUUUCCGGCUUCCAGAGAUAGUCAGCGGUCUAGCACAGCACCGGCGGGCAGCGGUUAAUUUUCAAAUAAUCAGUCUUCUUCAAUUUCUCCUCUUGGUCUCUUCGUUUUUUGGGCUGAGCUGCUGAGGUCAAAGGAGUAAGGUUGUAAGGACGUAAUGUUUAUUCAAUUAUUUUCCAUUGAGAAAAUGGAAUGUCGUUUAUUGCAAAACUGCCCGUCGUUUUACUUUAAUUUUUUCCUUUUCUAAGUUCUAACUCCAUCAAACGAUGUCGUUCAGCUAAAUGAUUUUCUCAACCUUUGUUCGUACUUCGUAUCAGCGCACCAGCGAGCAAAGGACAGGGGCGUCGGGCACCGAUUGACUGUGAAGGUAGAAACAAUUCAGGGGCGCCGGCCAAAAUCUUACCUAUAUAUACCUUAACGGCUCCGGGUGGCGUCGGCACCGGCUCGCACCCCCUGGUUCCUCCGUUGUGCACAGGGUUCGAUCGGUGUAAAACCGGCUAUGAUUGUGACUCAUCUUCUCUCACGCCGAAGGCAACGAUUUAACAUGUUCUUUGGAACAGGGCCCACCAAAUUUUGGAGCCCCAUUUUUUCAAUAUUAGUAUUAUGAAUACUACCUUCAUAAUAACAAUAAUAUAAAUAAAUAAGUAAAAUGAGUAUAUAAAAUGAGUAUACUAAUCGGCAACCAGUCUAGGAGUUAUUCUUUAAAAAUCGGGCGCAAAGCGGCCGACUCAUCAUUUCUAGCUGAUCGCUAAUCAACAUAUUCGCAAUUCCGCAUACGGCCACUAACUAUUUCAAUUUUCAAAUAAUCGAAUUCAAUUCUCUAGGAUUGGAAAUCAGUUCAUCCUCUGCGAAAGCGGUUCUCGAAUCACGUGUCUCUCCUACUCUUUAGGCUCUCAUCUCUGUUGCUUUGUUCUCUCAAUCUGCCUUCAAGUUUUUUACCCUUUUCUCACUUUUAUUGCAAUAUCGUCUAUUUGCCUCAAACUUUAAUCGCAUGUUGCUCCCUUCACUUCCGGUUCUUACUUUUGACCUUCAUUUCACAUUUGUUAUUAAAAUUGUUAAUUGUUAAUCCGUACUUGUUAACUUCAAGAAUAAAAAAUCCGGCUUUUGUAAUUUUUAAAUUUUGUUGAACUUUGUGAGUUUUUUAUUAUUUGUGAUUUUAAUUCUUAUGUGGGCCUCCAUUUUGGUAUGAAGAACAAGACCUCUAAAUUUAUUAGUCGACUCUGUUCUGGAGAGGUCGGACUCAUCCUAGAGCUUAUAAUGGGAGACGUUAGAAGAGUCCUAUCAUGAUUAGACUAUUAAAUGUAUCGGUUAUAUCUUUUUAGGCUACUAUAGUUCUACGUCUAUAAAUACUUCCUAUAAUUACUCUGAAAAGGAUCCGCCUUUUGAAAAAUAAAAAGCCUUACAAUGCCUAAGAUACUCUAUUCAUGUAAACUAGUUCUCAUAAUCUAUCUAUCUAUUUAUAUAUAAGAAAAGACAUAGCUCAUAUAAAGACAUUCCUAUCCUUAAAAAUACCUACGUAUCUUUAUUCCCAACUUUCCCUCUUUUCAUAUCCUGCUGCCACGUGGCUCACUCAUGUGUUUAAGCGUCUUUUAGCUCUCAUGACCGAACGAAAUUUCACGCCCGUUUCUUUCUAUCUUCUCCGCACUCACCUAUUUUUCACAGCUGUUUGCUUGGGAAAUUCACCUAAAGCUAUUCAGAAUUCAAAACCUAUCUUCAAACUCGCACAUCUCACACGAGUUUUACCACUUACAAGACCAACAGGUCUCUCAUCCACUUGCUUUCGAUGUACGGGAUUACCCACCUUUGGGCCAUUGCCGCUCUAGUUCAAUCAUCUUGAUGUCCAAAUGGAUAUAAAAAAUCACGGCUUCGGCGAUUAAAGUGCUCAUUGAGUUUGAAUACAACUUAAACAAUUGUUUGAGCCUCACAGUGUUCCCUUUUGAGGAAGUAUAUAUCUUGACAUCUUACCAUGUAUAACACGCCUCUCCCGCUCCCCAUCCACGGAAUUACCGCAAUUUUGAGGGACGUCACAGCACAAACCACUGCAAUACAAGUUGGUGAAGCUAAUUGAUGAGUUAACCAUUGUACCACCUUCACCAACAUAUGUUAGCUGACCUCCCGACAACAGUUGACGAAGAUCUGCAAUGGGGGGAAAUCAGAUGGUUAUUAACAACCAAGGAAAAGGAAAAAGGAAGGUGAAGAUAGAAACAUGUCAAAAAGAGAUGCUUCCAAGGAUUCCCCGACCGGUUAUGGUGAUUCUUUGUAUUUUUUAUUCAUUUUUACACUCAUGUGCUUUCUUUCUAAGGUGAUGAACUAUUCUAGGUUCUCCAUUCUAAUGGCAUUGCACAAGUUCUCUUUUAGGAGGCAUUGUAUAAUAUUUUAGUGCUUCUAUGUAUGGGUUAUGGUGAAGCUCUUGAAACUGAGUCCAAAAAGUUAGUUGAAAUGGCAGCUGAUGAUGUUCCACUCCACAACAUUCAUGCGAACACCAAUCUGAUUGGGUAAGAUUCACAUGGAAAAUAUAAAUGACUGAUGUUCUUAAGAUGGGUAAGCUGCAAAAUAAGCACCACAUGUCCCAAGUUAAUUAUUUAUGAAUGGUUUUGAAAAGAUAAUCGUGUUAAUUAUUUAUGUCUUCCUUAGAACUAUAUCAUCAAAAGCAGAGAUCAUUUUUAUGGGAGCAAAUUUCACCACAAACUCCCUAACUAAAAUUUCUUUAAUAGUACCAUCCGAUCUAUCCACAUUAAAAAGUAUAUUAUUUCAAAUCGAAUUGAGUUUGACAUUCAUUUCCAUUAAAUUUAGUCUUAUUUCAUAUCUUAUUCAGUACAACAAUACUCCUCUUAUUACUCAAUUUCUCCCAAAAGUGUGAGUUAAUCAAUAUUUGAAGGGCUGUGACAUAUAUAAUAUGGUUUUGGUAUUGCUUUUGAUUUUUAUAUUUAUUUUGGAAAACUGGAAUUGAGUUUGUUUUUGUAGCUAAUCCACUUGCCUUAUCACUUCAGUAUGAGUUUUGCAUUUGACUCAUUCGUUUUUACUAAUAAUAAGUUAAAGUCCAAUUUUUUUUCUUGACUCAUCGGAUUUUACUUGAGGAACGGAACAACUUCUAAGUCUAGGAUAUUUCAAGAAAUCUAGGCAAAACUUUCGUUGUGUAGUUUUCUAUCCCCUUCGAAUUUCAGUGUCGAUAUACUUUUGCAUCUCUUGAAAUGAUAUGUGAUAAGUCCGUAUUUAGACACGCAUUUGAUGCGUGUUGGGAUCGGCUUUUGAUGGUUUUCCUAGCUUUAAAGUGUUACAAGUCUCAAUUUUAGCUCAAGUUAUGUUUAUCGGGCGUUGGUUCGAGUUUUGUGUUGUUUGGAGUCAAAAUCAGGAAUUUAGAGUCCGGCACCGGCGCUUAAGAAGUAAUCGGGAAGAGUUGGAGAACAUUCGAGAGAGAUUUGAGAGUUUUGGAGGCCACCAGGAGGUUCACGGCGAAGAUUUGAUGAAGAAACGGCCUUUGGAUUGAUUAAAGAAGUAUCCGGGAGCAAACGGGGGAAAAAAUGGCAAGAAAACGGUCCAAGAGCAUUCCGCGCGCCCCGCGGUGCGGUUCUGCACGCCCCGCGGACGAUUCUGAAAGAAAAUAGUUGAGGGGUCUGAACCGCACACCGCGCGGCCGAAACCGCACACCGCGCGGCCAAAACCGCACACCGCGCGGUCCAGAAAUAGCCCCCAGAAGUACCCGCGCGGUUGCAUAGUGCGGCGCCCGCACACCGUGCGGGCGGAGCGAAAGACGGAAGACGGAAAAACGCGCGCGUGACCGCGCGGUGACCCGCACGGCGUGCGGACGACCGCGUGGCCUGAUUUUCGGCGUGUUUUCGGAUUUUUCUAUAAAUAGACCCCUAUUUUGCCUGUUUUUGGGGGAGGAGCUUAGAGAGAUAAACCCUAUUUCGAUUUUUGAGAUUUUUUCAAGCCUUGUUCUUCAAGAUUAAGAGAUUCUUUGUAAGUUCUAUCUUUUUAAUUAAUGACAAUUAUUUCUAUUCAUCCCA